GCUUCCUCCUCCGUAACAGUUGCGACUGGGACUUUUUUUGAAACGUUGUUUGCCAGGCUUGAUCAAGUGAUCUCAUCUUCACUAUAAGAAGCCUAAAUUGACGAAAAUCUCCUUGUCCGAACUAAAGCCAAAAAGAUGAGAGUAUCAGAUGACAGAACGUGAAAUGAAAUGAAGUCAGCGGUGUCAUCACUAGUUAGCUCCAAGAAUCUCACUCAUUCCGCAAUCUCGCGCUCCCUUCUGCAGCACUCAUCAAAACCCUUUUCUCAAAGAACACUCUUCAUUCCAACUAUUCCCAGAAACACCAAAAACCUGUACAAUCAACGAUACCAAAAGCUCCAAAUCAGGACCAACUCAACAUCGGUAAUGGCAUCCUCUUUUAAGCAUGAACAAGCCAGGGCACCACCGUCCAUCCCUCUUCCCACCCCUCCUGUCAGCAAGUUCAAGAUUGGGCUUUGCCAGUUGUCGGUGACGCCUGAUAAAGAAAGGAACAUAGAGCAUGCUAGGAAGGCCAUCGAGGAGGCUGCUCAAAAGGGUGCCCAGCUUGUUCUCUUACCUGAAAUAUGGAACAGCCCAUAUUCGAAUGACAGCUUCCCAGUCUAUGCCGAAGAUAUUGACGCAGGUGGUGAUGCGUCUCCUUCAACAGCUAUGCUGUCUGAAGUUUCUAGUCGCUUGAAGAUCACAAUAGUUGGCGGCUCUAUACCUGAACGCUGUGGGGAUAUGUUGUACAAUACUUGUUGUGUCUUUGGUACUGAUGGAAAGCUGAAAGCCAAGCACCGCAAGAUUCACCUUUUUGAUAUUGAUAUUCCUGGGAAGAUUACCUUUAUGGAAUCCAAGACCCUUACCGCAGGGGAGACUCCUACCAUUGUGGACACAGAUGUUGGGCGUAUUGGUAUAGGCAUCUGUUAUGACAUCCGCUUUCAAGAAUUGGCAAUGAUAUAUGCUGCAAGAGGUGCUCACUUGCUAUGCUAUCCUGGAGCAUUUAACAUGACAACUGGACCAUUGCAUUGGGAGUUGCUGCAGAGAGCAAGGGCUACAGAUAAUCAGUUAUAUGUUGCAACCUGUUCACCUGCUCGAGAUGCUGGAGCCGGUUACGUGGCUUGGGGUCACUCAAGCCUCAUUGGACCUUUUGGAGAAGUUCUGGCUACCACUGGACAUGAGGAGAACAUAAUUAUAGCAGAGAUUGAUUAUUCAACACUUGAGCAACGAAGGGCUGGUCUCCCUUUAGCGAAGCAACGGCGAGGUGAUCUUUACCAGUUGGUAGACGUCCAGAGACUCAACUCUCACUGAUUACAGAUGAGAACUUUGUGAGAGAGCUAUGAUUCAUGGUGAGAAUUUUUCAUCGAGAAAGGUGGAAUUCUAUUGAUAAUCAUGAGACUCUUCUAGUCCUCUAAACGCAGUAUCUAGCGAGAUGUUAAUCAUUUGGAUUUUUACUAGAAACUCAUAUUUGCAAAUAAAUGGAAUUGUUACUGUUGUCCUGUUUGUAAUUGCCAUUUUA